AUGGCUCGAUCCAUGAUUUUCGCAAGUCGCCUCCCUUUGACUUUCUGGGGCGAUGCCGUCGAAUACGCGGUAUACAUCUUGAACCGAAGCCCGACAAGCGCAAACCUGCGCCGCGCAUCGCCACUACAGUUACUCACGAAGGUGGCUCCUGAUCUACGCGACGUAGUUGUUUUUGGCUCGACCUGCACGGUCUACCGAGACCCACGCAAGAAUUCGCUCGCGCAGAGGGCACAAGUGGGUAUCAUCGUCGGGAGAAGCGACGAGACCAAAGGGUAUCGAGUUUUCUUGCAGAAAGACAACGUCGUGGUCGUCACACAGCACGUGAAAAACAAUGCGACGCUUAGCGACGAGCAGAACAGUCAGCUCCAGCGAGCACUCGAAUACGACGAUCAAGACGCGCCAACUGCAUCUGAGGGAACGGAGUCUGCAGCUGAGUCAACGACAUCACGCGCAACUGCAUCAGCAACGAUGCAAACAGCAACGACAGCUUUGAGCAGCGGGCGGCAAAAGACGAAGUCGUGUACGCGCUCGUCACACGGUACGCGCGGCGCGGCGAAGCGCGCGCAGAAAACCGCGGCACAGGAGGAGCCAGUGAGAAACACAAGCACCGUCUACCACGUGUACGAGCGUGAUCCGAAGAACUAUGGCGAGGCGAUGCGAAGCUCGAAAGAACGACUGGUAGAAAGCAAUGCGCGAAGAAUUGGAAGCGCUUGA